UUUGCCCCUUGGAUCUGGAUCCGUGGAUCCGCAUAUUUUUGCGGAUCCAACGGAUCCGGAUCAUAAGCACUGGGUGAAAUAGUUCUCAAUGAAGAGGAUUCUAUGCUGUUUGGAUCAAAGAUAACCAAGAAGAGGAAACUAGGAGUCGUAUGUAUAUCCAUGUGAUAAAUAUAACAGAGAAAUAUCAGCCGAAGAGUGCCUUCAAAUUCCAAAAUGAAAAAGAUUAUAGAAGAGGUUGAGGAAGAAACCCUUGAAUCCUUUAGUUCUUCUGUAGAAGAAACAUGUACUGAAUAUGUACAUGGAGAAGAUGUCAAGAUGGAAAAUACUGAAAUACAAGGUAAGAUCCCAAAUGUGGAAUCCCCCUAAUCGCCGCCGUCAAAAGAAUGUCUGAGAAAAUUAAAGAAGAAAUCAACUUAAAAGAGUUUAAGAUGAAAGAAGAGACGGUUUUAGAAGAAGGAGAACUACUUCCCUCCUCUACUGUAGAGAACACAUCUGUUUGUAUACUGGAAGAAGAAAUAAAGGUAGAAGAGUUUGAGGUGAAAGAAGAGACAGGUUUUAAGGAAGAAGAAAUCCUUCCCUCCUCUACUGUAGAGAACACAUGUUCUGUUUAUAUACAGGGAAAAGAAAUAAAGGUUGAAGAGUUUGAGAUGAAAGAAAAGACAGGUUUUAAGGCAGAAGAAAUCCUUCCAUCCGAGACAGGUUUUAAGGAAGAAGAAAUCCUUCCAUCCUCUACUGUAGAGAACACAUGUUCUGUUUAUAUACAGGGAGAAGAAAUAAAGAUAGAAGAGUGUGAGUUGAAGGAGAAGAUAGUUUCUAUCAAGGAUGAAGUAAUUACUCCUUCUACGGUACUUGAUACAUGUACUGUAUAUGUACAGGGAGAAGAUGUCAAGAUGGAGAAUAUUGGAGAUGCAGCAGAUGGGUCAGCAAGCAAUGAUUAUCCUUCUGAACUUCUAUACAACUUUGAUGAAUGUGCAUAUUCUACUUCUAAGCGUUCACACUUGAUGAAACAUAUUGUGAGUAAACAGGAUGAAAAUCAAGUAUAUCCCUGUGAUAUGUGUGAGUACAAUGGAUCUACUGCACGUGAUCUUAAAUUUCAUGUAAAGAGUAAACAUGAAGAAUGGCACUAUUCAUGUAGUAAAUGUGAAUACCUUGAUACUAGUGCAAGUAAACUUAAAUUGUAUAUUGAGAUUAAUCAUGAUGGAGUGAGGGAUUCAAGGAGAAAAAAGAGGAAAAUGGGUGGAGGGAAAUAUCCUUGUGAGUUCGUUGCUUCCGCAACAUGUCGUCUCAGACAACAUAUUGAGAGUAAACAUGAAGGAGUGAGAUAUCCUUGUGACAAAUGUGAGUACGCUGCAACUACAGCAAGAUCUCUUAGAAGACAUAUUGAGAUUAAACAUGAGGGAGUGAGGUAUCCUUGUGAUAAAUGUGAGUACGUUACAAAUACAGCAAGGUAUCUUAGAAGACAUAUUGAGAUUAAACAUGAAGGAGUGAGGUAUUCUUGUGAUAAAUGUGAGUACGCUGCAACUACAGCAAGGUAUCUUAGAAGACAUAUUGAGAGUGAACAUGAGGGAGUGAGGUAUCCUUGUGACAAAUGUGAGUACGCUGCAACUACUGCAAGGUAUCUUAGAAGACAUAUUGAGAGUAAACAUGAGGGAGUGAGGUAUCCUUGUGAUAAAUGUGAGUACGCUGCAACUACAGUAAGUGAUCUUAGAAAACAUGUCGAGAGUAAACAUGAGGGAGUGAGAUAUCCUUGUGAUAAAUGUGAGUACGCUGCAACUACAGCAAGUGAUCUUAGAAGACAUAUUGAGAGUAAACAUGAGGGAGUGAGGUAUCCUUGUGAUAAAUGUGAGUACGCUGCAACUACAGCAAUUGAUCUUAGAAAACAUGUCGAGAGUAAACAUGAAGGAGUGAGAUAUCCUUGUGUUGAAUGUGAGUACGCUGCAACGCAAGCAGGAGAUCUUAGAAAACAUACAAAAAGAAAACAUUCCCUGAUUUUAUCUUAAAAUUAAAUGCAAUAUUUUGGCAACGAAGACAUCUCACAGAACAUAUUGAAAACAAACAUAAAGGAGUGAGAUAUCUUGUUGAUAAAUGUGAGAACUCAAGUAAUCAUAGAAAACAUGAAGGAGUGAUAUAUCUGUGGGAUAAAUAUUAAUAUGCUGCAACACAAGCAAAAGCUCUUAAAAGACAUACAAAAAGAAAACAUAAUCCUUAAUUUUUUCUUGAAAUUAUAUGCAAUAUUAUAGCAACUUGGCCAAGAAAACUGAGAAACAUAAUCUAAGCAACAAUGAAGAGGUUCAGACAAGUAUGUCCAACACUUUGCAAUCUACUACUUGCAACUUUUGGUGGAGUAAGACGAGCAGCUAAAUUAUAUAUCUACUCUGUGUUCUACAGAGCAAAGUCUAGAAUAGCAGACAGGAUAAGGAAGAAGGAGAGGAGAAAGGCAGAGAGGGAUAGUAGAGACAGUGAAGACAAUGGUGAUACAAAGAAGAGAAGGGUAAAUAAGGAAAUCAGCAAAAAUGGAAACAGUAGUGAAAAGAAUUAGAGGAAGUUGAGGACAGAACUUUUGGACUGAAAAAAUUUGAUGGAAAUAAAGUAUAGAGUUAAACAAUUUCUGAUAGGAUGAAUUCAUAUGAUUGAUUUACCCCCCCCCCUCUCUCUUAAUUUGUGUGCACCUAAAAACAAUUUUAAUACCUAAUGUUGUUCUUUUGUAAUUCCUUUUUUUUUUUACAAAUUUUCAGAAUAAAUCAUAAUUCUGCUUUA